UGUGGUGAAGGAUGAAGAGCGCGUCUCUUUCAAAUCUUCAUUUUAGAAAUGAUCGAUACUUCCUUCGGUAGCGUUUUAAUACUAAUAAUAGCAAUAAAAAUAAACUAAUAGUGCGGACUUUAGGUUUUGGUUUAAGAGAGCUGGUGAAGAUGUAUUUAGGCGAGGACAGUGGCGCUGUGUAUGUGAGAGAGAACGGAGAGCUGCGGCGCGUCUCUGCCGUCAGAACUGAAGCUCCUCCGCCCCAAAACAGACUCUUUACCCGGGACUUCACUUUUCAGCUCUGCAUCGACACUUUACCCUCCGCGAGCCGCACGGAAAGAAGAGACCACUUCAUAUUCACCUACAACAAACAGGGCAGCCUUCGCUACUCGGUCAAGUCUUUAUUUGACAUCUCUCUGCAGUUCAUCGCUGACCACGUCGAGCAUGUGGACUCACUGGUGGGCUUUCCCGAGCAAAUGGCCGAUAAACUGUUUUCGUCCGCGGAAGAAAGAGGCAAAUUCAACGAGCUUCGCACUGCACCCAGAGCUCUGCAGCUCUUCUGCGAGGCCUAUGGAGAACUAGUGCUCAAAUCCCUGUGUUUGAGGAACAGGUACCUUUUGAUAUCAGAAAGGCUGGAGGAGAUCAGACAGUUUCAGAGUCUGGAAUGUCUGGAUCUUUAUGGAUGUAAAUUAGGUGACAACCAUGAGCUUUUUAAAUACAUCACAUCUGAAGCUCUCACCAGUCUUGUGAAGCUUUUCCUAGGUGCAAACUGCCUUUCUGAUGCUGGCCUGCAGAGACUGACGGCGCCAGUGAGGGUGAUGAAAAAAGGCUUAGAAAACCUGCAGCUUUUGGACCUUUCUGACAAUCCCAUCACUGAGAAAGGACUCAGAUAUCUAACAUGCUUUCAAACGUUAAAGAAACUAGACAUAUCUGGAACUAAAGUGACGAUGGACGUGUCUUUGAAAGGUUUCUUCUGGAUGAAGAUGGGAAUGGCCCUCUCUGAGACUCCUCUGAUCGACUUCACACACACUGCCUGCAAGACAGAAGGCUGGGCUGAACAGGUAAUAAACCAAUGGGAAAUCACAGCAGCUGAAGUGCCAAAGAAAGACCCCAAACCAAGAACAAAUGCCCUUCGUUUCUAUGGAAGAGAAAAGUUUGUCAGAGACAUGUUAAACUCCUGGUCUGAAACAAGUGACGCAAGUGACACAAACAAAGACAAAGCUGUGCCCAUUCACUUUUGUAAGGUUGAUGGUUGUGUGCAGAGUUCAGCUUCAGGAGACACAUGUUCAACAACACAGAAGAGCAGGAAGAGGAGACUGUCAACAGAGGAAGGGCAAAGUGCAGCUCCAGUGGCAAAGCGUCUGCCUCUGUCUGUGGAAGAUUUACAUCUGCUGAAUAGUUACUGAGUGGAAACACACGGUCAUGGGAUGUUUCUGCAGUGCUGUCCUCUGUGAGGAAGGUGACACUGAUGUGCUUUUAGAUUGGAUUAUUUACUAUUAAAAAUGGCUGUUUUA